CAAAUUUUGUUAGAAUCGAUUAUUUGAAAAUCUAAAAUCGAAAUCGCUAGUUCACAGCUGAUGAUUAGAGACUCUUUUGUAUUUUGAGUCGUUUUGUUUAUUUUAUCUUUUAAUUGUCCUGAUUUCAUCUAACAAAAUUUUUAUCUAAAAUGAGUUUUAAGACUUUUGUCAGUGAAAAUCAAUUGGAAGAGAAUCGAAAAACUCGCCAAGCUGAAUGGGAAAAGGUGAGAAAACCUGACGAUCCUGAAGAGGCACCAGAACCAGAAUAUGAUCCGAGAUCUUUGUUCGAUAGGCUACAAGAGCAAAAGAUUUUAAAGCAAGAAGAGUUUGAAGAGUCCCGUCGACUUAAAAAUCUGAUCUGUGUCCUGGAUUCGGACGAAACUGCGUUCCUUGAAAUGGUCGACAAGAACAAAAUGGACGAAGAAAUCGCCAAACUUCGUGAAGAAAGAGCAGCCGUGGAAGAAUUUAGAAAAGCAAUCGAAGGACUAACCAAAGACGAACAAGAAUCCAAAAUAAGCGAAUUCAAAUCAACAUUCUCGUUGAAAUGUCUCUCCAGAAAAUCAACCAAACGAACUCUCAACGGAUCCUUAGCCAAUCUAAUCAAAAUUAAGAAAACACCUUCACAUGAAAGUAAAGAAAAUCCCUCAUCAUCUACACCAGAAAACGUUAACUGUCCGCCGGUGGAAAAAGAUGAAAAAGUAAAAGGUGAAAGUGCAAGUAAACACCAAGAAAUAAAUGAAUCAAAGACUAACUCAUCCAAAGAAUCAGCUGAUAAAUUGAUGAAAAUCGAAUCAAAAGUUAAUCAACCAAUUAUGAAAACAUGUUUAGUUGAUUAUGGCUCCGAUUCAGAGGAUGAAUCAGAUGAAGACGAAACAAUUAACCCUCCAAUUAAGAAAUCAAAAACAACAGAAUAAUAAUAAACUCACUGAACGUGUAAAUAACUUUCUACUUUUACCAAUUGUAAAUUGAAUUAAAGCUAAUUUAUUGUAAAGGUUAAAACAA